AUGAACUCAGUUAAUGCCCCUCCAUUACCUCCAGGGUGGACAGAGCACGUUGGACCUGCGGGCCAGCCAUACUACUACCACGCCGGGACACGAGAGUCUACCUACGUUCGGCCGCUCCCCGCGUUUCCUAUCAUUCCACAAGCUAUCAUACCCCAACCUCCAAAGAAGAAAGAUAAACCGUUGGUAAAGAUUCCGAUACCUGGCACAGAAUGGCUUCGCGUAACAACGACGGAAGGGAAUAUAUUCUAUUCACACAAGGCGAAGAAGCAGAGCGUGUGGACCAUGCCAGAGGAAAUAAAGGAUGCUGUUGAAGCAUUCGAGCGUGCCGAGGAGCAUGUGGAAGCGCAGAAACAACAACAGGAAGCAAAGGAAAAGGACAUCCAGAAGUUGGGGUUCGAGGAGGAGCAGGAGCUCAAACGGAUUAAGACAGAAAUGCAGGGCCUUGUGAAGCGAAAAGCGGAAGAACCUCAACCUCUAGACGAGGUUGUGAUUUCAAAAAAGGCGCGAGUAGAAGAGGAAGAGGAGGAGGGGGAAGGGGAAGGGGAGGAUGACGAUGACGAUGACGAUGACGAUGGGAGCGAGGAGGGGGAGGAGGAGUGGCAACGUGAGGCUGCUGCACAACUCGCUGCUGAAGCAGAGGAGGAGACGAAGAAACUGGAAGAAGAGGCCAGGCUCGCACAGGAAGCAGAAGAUACAGAGGCCAAGAAGAUGCAAGAAAAUGAGAGGUCUCAGCUUAACAUGCCCGAUCGCGUCGAUCUCUCUAUUGAGGAGGCUAAGGCAUUAUUCAAGACAUUAUUGAGGGAAAAGAAUAUCAGUCCUUUGCAUCCUUGGGAUACUUCAUUGCCCUUGUUUAUAUCAGAUCCGCGCUAUGUUCUACUCCCCUCUGUUUCAGCACGUCGUGAUGCAUUCGAUGAAUACUGUCGGGAUCGAGCGCGCGAACUACGACAACAAAAUGUCAAGAAAGAAAAGGCAGAAGCAAAUCCUAAGGAAGAGUAUGAACGACUCCUUAGCCAGGAAGUGAAGAGCACGAGAACAUCCUGGUCUGACUUUCGACGGACGUGGAAGAAAGACCGGCGAUUUUACGGAUGGGGGAGAGAUGACCGAGAGCGAGAGAAGCGAUUCAAGGAGUAUCUCAAAGAGCUUGGAGAAAGAAAGCGUAUAGCCGCUGAGAAGGCAGAAGCGGAUUUCUUUACUCUUCUGCGAGAGAGUGGUGUGGUCAGGUCAGAUUCGUUAUGGAAAGACGUGAAACGAAGACUAUCCCAUGACGCACGAUACGACGCUGUCGGGUCUUCGUCUCUGCGUGAAGAACUUUUCCAGACAUUCCUCAAGGCACAUGGGUCUUCAUCUUCGCAUUCGGCCUCUACCAAAAUUAAAGAUGAGGCGUGCAAACAUGCCACAGAAGAAGAUGCUGAGCAAAGGCGCAGACACAAGAAGGAACAAGCCCUUAAAGAGCGUGAACAAAAGGUGAAAGCUGAUCGUAGUCGUAUGGACGCCGAAAUAGGGCGCUCCAAGAUGGGUUUAAACCUGGAAGAAGGUGAAAGAGAAUUUCGUACACUGCUGACAGACGCGGUACGAGACCCACAGACCAACUGGGAAUUGAUACGUCCUCAACUCCAAACCGAUCCUCGAUUUAACAAUUCCCCUCUUUCAGUAAAUCAGCAAUUGAAUCUCUUCCAUGCACAUAUGAGUCAGUUGCAGAUGAAACAUUUGACCGGCCUACAUUCGUUGUUUCAAGCGCAUGCUCCAUCCUUGGCAACCCCAUUCUCUGCUCUUCCGCUUGAAUCCAUGUUAAAAUCGCUUCCGGUGACAAAACUUGCCUUCGACACAAGUGGUCUCCAACAGGAAUAUGAGAAAUGGCAACGCGAACGGACAUACGAAUGCAGAAAAGCAUUCGACGAGAUGCUCGCGGAGAACUCCUUUGUUGAGUUCUGGGGAAGAUUGGGUAAAAUUGGGGGUGAAGGAGUCGAAGGAGGGGUCAAAGCAGAUGACUUGGGUGAGGAUGAAGGCGAAGGCUUUGGUGGAAAGGUCGACAUGAAGGCGCUUGCAAAGAGUGUGGACCUUUCGGACAUCGAGAAAGUGCUUAAGAAUGAUAAGCGAUACAUCAUGUUCGAACAUGUGGCGGCACAACGAGAACGAUGGUUAAGGGAUUAUGUUGUAGCCCUUUCGUCGUGCAUUUUCGCGCAAGAGGCAGGUGCUAAUGCGCACAAGGUCAAACAUGACUACCAGAGUGAUGUUGCACGCCUGCGCAAGAUAGUUGUCAACAGUCUUUACUCGAACAGGGACGUGUUCUUGCGGGAGCUCAUCUCAAACGCCAAUGACGCACUCGAAAAGCUUCGACUCACCGCGCUCACAGAGAAGAGCAUGUGGGAUGGCGUCUCCCCUUUAAACCUCACUAUCAAAGCGGAGAAAAAUCCCGAUGGCGAGGGUGGCCGUAUCAUUAUUACUGACACCGGUAUUGGCAUGAAUGCAGCGGAAUUGACAACCAACCUGGGCACUUUGGCGAAGUCUGGAACUUCUGACUUUCUUGCGGGAGUAGACGGUGACGAUUCGACCGCAAAUGGCAAUCUUAUUGGUGCCUUUGGGCUUGGGUUUUACAGCAGUCACCGUUGCAUCUUUACCCCCGCCUCGUCUAAGAAUCCCAACCCUACCCAGAAUGUCUUCAGUUCUUCUGCGGAUGAGGGAUCAUUCGAGAUAUACCCCGACCCACGCGGAAAUACCCUCGGGCAUGGGACUGAGAUUACACUUUAUUUGAAGAGUGAUGCUUCCCAAUAUCUUGUGACCUCUAACCUUAUGAAGCUUGUCAACCAGCACUCUGGAUUUUCGACUGCCUUCCCGAUUUACAUCUGGUAUGAGACUGAGGAAGAAGUUCCCGAAGUAGACGACGAGGUUGUUUUAGACGAGCAGGAGGGAAAACCUACUGACGCGGACGAGGAUGAAGCCGUUGUCGAAGAAGAUGCGGAGAAGGAAUCCGCAUCUCCCAAGAUGAAGAAGGUUAUAGUUGGUCACUGGGAACACUUGAACUCGCAACCUCCCCUCUGGAUGCGUGAUCCGAAGACAGUCACCAAUGAAGAAUAUGAGCUACUGUACCAGGGGACUUUCAAAGACUUCCAGAAACCCCUUGCAUGGCACCAUUUCCAUGGUGAUUCGGAAUCCGGGGUAUCUUUCCGUGCACUCAUUUACAUUCCCUCGCGUUUGACUGAGGAGUUUUUCAACAAACCACUCGAUAAUUCGGCAAAGGACGUCAGGCUGCUGGUGAAGCACGUGUUCAUCACCUCUGACCUAGGUGAACAUGGCUUGCCGAAGUGGGCUAGCUGGGUGAAGGUUAUUAUUGACGCUGAUGACCUUCCAUUGAAUGUCUCUCGCGAAACCCUCCAGUCCAGCUCUUUCCUCAAGCAGAUCAAGCAAAUUAUAUUACGCCGCCUCAUUCAGCUUUUCUCUAAAAUUGCUGAAGAAGACCAGGAAAAAUAUGCAGAGAUCACAAAGAACUUUGGCCAAGUCUUGAAACUCGCUGCGUCGGAGGACGCCAAAAACCGCCAGAAACUGGCAGCUCUUGUACGCUUUAACACGAACCAACGGGAAGUCGCAUCAUUUGACUCGUAUUUGGAGAACAGGAAGCAAGGACAAAAGCAGAUUUUCUACCUCGCUGACAUGGGUAAAUCCAUCGAACACCUAUCUCAAAGCGUAUUUGUAGAAAAGUUGCAUGCCCGCGGGUACGAAGUACUGCUUCUGAACGAGCCUUUGGACGAGAUUAUGCUUCAAAGCAUCCGAAAGUGGAAGGGUGUUCCAUUUCAAGACGUCGCCAAGGCUGGACUGGACUUUGGAGAUGAUUCUCCGGAGGAAAAGGAUAUAAUUGCGGAAUUGACAGACAAAUACGCUCCCCUUCUUGAGUGGCUGAAAAUUGAGGCUGGAGACAAUGUUAAGAAUGGCUCGUCACGAGUCCCUUGUGCGAUUGUCGCAGAUAGCAUGGGUUUUACAGCAAAUGUCCAGAAGCUCAUGAGUGCCACAAGCCGCGGGGCUCAGCAAAACGAUGCCAUGCAAGACUAUAUGAAGAAGCAGAAGGUUCUGGAAAUUAAUCCGCGAUCGCCGUUGAUCGAAGGCCUUCUGGAACACGUCGAACAAUUGAAUGCAGAUGGCGACGACAAAGACCUGGAUUCUGAGGCACAGCUCAAAGAGGUUGCUUCCAUCCUAAUCGAUGGGGCUCUUGUUCGUUCCGGGUUUGAAGUUGCCAACUCCAACAUGUUUUUGACUCGUGUGGAUAGAGUACUCAGGCGAUCACUCGGUGUCUCUGAGACUGCACCGACAGAUAACACCGUGAAACCAGCUCCCCCCGUUGACCCAGAGCUGCCUAGUGACAUACCUGCGGAUGAUGAGGAGAUGUUCAAUCUUCCUAAUGAAAUGCAACGCAACCAGAUUGAGUUCGAGAUGGAGGAAAUUGAUGAACAUGGAAAUGUUGUUCACAAUCAUGAUGAACUGUGA